AUGAAGCUCUUGUAUUUCAUACUGAUUCAGAUAUUCAGUGCCGUUACACUGCAGGACUUUUCCUCUUCUCCUCACCCUCCCUCAACCCCACCCCCCUUCAAUUCCUGUCCUUGACACUAGAUCUGGCUAGUUAAUAUGCCUGGAAUGUGAAAACACCUAUUGCUGAACUGUUUGGAUUCCCAGGUUGGAAGAUUAUCUCACUCCGAAGAAGUUUUUGCAAAGAUAUAUAAACUAACGGAGCUUGGCAUGCCUCAGUCAAGUUGCCUUGGAUAGUAAAGGCAUCUUUCUUGAGAGGAGUACUACAGUCUACCAUCAGCUUUUGACCAGCCAACAGCCACUAUGAUGAUGCUACUGGUAGAAGAUCUGAUGACAGGCAAAAAGACAGAUGGUAGAGAAACAGGGGAUUUCCUUCCGGAGGACUUCAAAGAUGGAGAAUAUGAAGCUACAGUGAGAUUAGAGAAGCAAGAGGACCUGAAGACCGUCAUUGAUCCCUCAGUGACACGUCGCAAUUUGACUUACAAAGAGGAGAAGGAGCUGCAAGCUGAGCUCAAGAAAAAGAAGCUAGAGGCAAGAACAAAACUUGAAAACCUGGAAGACCUUGAAAAAAUCAUUAAUCUGAAGAAAAGGAAAAAAGUCAAGAAGGUCAAAGUUCCUGUUUGCAAGGAGCCUGAGCAAGAAAUUAUAACAGGACCUGUGGAUGUCCCCACAUUUUUAAAAGCUGCCUUGGAGAACAACAUGCCAGUGAUUGAAAAGUAUUUAGCAGACAAAGGGGAUCCAGAUGCUUGUGAUGAGUAUAAGCGUACGGCCUUGCACAGGGCAUGCUCACAAGGACAUCUGGCAAUUGUGGAAAAGUUAGUAGAAGCUGGGGCUCAACUUGAAUUCCAAGAUAUGCUUGAAUCAACAGCUAUUCAUUGGACGUGUCGAGGCGGAAAUGUAGAAGUCCUGAAAUUCCUGUUAAACAAAGGGAUAAACAGAAAUGCCAAAGACAAGUUGCUCAGCAGUCCUUUGCAUGUGGCAGUAAGGACAGGCCAGUAUGAAUGUGGAGAACAUCUCAUUGCCUGUGAAGCAGAUCUCAAUGCCAAAGACAGAGAGGGUGAUUCUCCUAUGCAUGAUGCAGUGAGAUUAAAUCGAUAUAAAAUGAUUCGACUCCUGAUUCUCUAUGGUGCCAACCUGAAUGUAAAGAACGCUGAAGGGAAAACUCCGAUGGAUCUUGUUCUACAGUGGCAAAAUGGCACCAAGGAAAUUUUCAACAACCUGAAGGAGAAUGCUUAUAAGAAUUCUCCCAUAGAUACGUUCUGAAAACCAGAUUCAAGGCUUCAGUGAAUGACAAGUUUCUUUGCAAAUGGCACAAUUACCAGCAUAAAGAACAGCGUGAAGAACAGUUCCAUGAUAAGUGAUGCCAUCUUCGCCUCAUCAAGCAAGUGGUUUAUUGCCUUUGUUAAGCCACAUGGAAUAAGUCUGAGGACAAAAUAUUCAAAGGCAUAGCUUGAGUGUUACAAUUCCACUGAUUUCAAGUUGUUUUAUUUAUUCCUAUUUAUAUCUUGUAUUCCAUUCUUCCCUCUUCCUUGGAUAAAGUUUCUUUAGCUAUUGUUUCUCUGCUGAUCUUUCAAAAAGUCAUGUUGAUGCUACAGUUGUAGAGGGUUGCUGAUGUGAUAAUCAGCCAGGAGCAUUUAUUCAAGACAAUCACAUUUCAGAAUGUAUUAGCAGCUUCCCAACAAGCUUC